UCUAUGCUUCUAUGAGUGGAAACUCUACUUUAUUGUUGUUUGUUCCAUUACUCAACUUUUGUUUGUCUUUCUUUCAGUGCUGGACUUAUAAGCGAAUGAAGAGGCAAUUCCCACUUCACUUGUCUUGCUGGCUUUUCUGGUCUUCCAACAAAAUAUGGCCCUUUCUUCCUCUUCUUGCCUCUCCCUCUCUCCAAUCUCAGCUCUCAAGAUUGACUAUGCUAAGAAGGCUAUAAGACGUUGGAAGAAUGAUGGAAGGGAACAAAGGUUCAGUUUUUCACUUCAAAGUAAUAACUCUGCACUCUUAGGUCAACAGAUUGGGACAGCGGGAGCUCGUCAACACAAAGACUGGUGUUUUGUUGGUGGUUCAAGAGUUACUGUAAGACCAAAACUUGAGAUAUCCAGUGUGCAUCGAAAAAGCUCCGGAGUAUAUGCCUCAUGGUUGGCAACUUCUCAAAUAGCUAGCACUGCUUUUACUUUGGGAACAAUGGCGGUACUCCCAUUUUAUGGCCUCAUGGUUCUUGCACCUCAAGCUGCACUGACAAAAGCAUCCAUUGAAAGCAAUAUACCGUAUAUUGUGCUUGGACUCCUCUAUGCGUAUUUGCUAUACCUCUCUUGGACUCCAGAAACAAUGCGGUUAAUUUUUGCAAGUCAAUACUGGCUGCCUGAGCUCCCAGGGAUGGCAAAGAUGUUCUCAAAUGAGAUGACAUUAGCUUCUGCGUGGAUCCACUUGUUGGUUGUUGAUCUCUUUGCAGCAAGGCAGGUUUUUCGUGAUGGAUUGGAAAACCAAAUGGAGACGCGCCAUUCAAUUUCUCUCUGUCUAUUUUUCUGCCCCAUUGGAAUUCUUACUCAUGUCAUUACCAAAGCACUAACUAAAAUUGCUGGAAGGUCCAGCACACACGAAAUGCAUUGACGAAAAUUAUUCUCUGCUGAAACAGUUUAAAGAUUUAUUGGAAGUUGAAAAGAAAACCUUGAUUGAAUGAAGUCAUGAAGAUACUUGUUAUCUUCAGUUAAUUGCAAAAUGUAGGUUCUUUGUAAGUACUGAACUCCCAUUUUCUCUUCUUUCGACCGUUGUGGAUGUGGGUGAUGAUCCUGAUGGUUAUUUCCAAUGACAUAAUCCGCCUUUGAGUUCCUAAUUGGUUGUUAACUUCAUGAAUCAUGAAGUGAUGAAACCUUCCUUUAGGGUGACCUCCCUCCGUAUCAUAAUCAAAGAACUAAUCCUUUUCUCAUUGUUGACAUAUGUAUACUUCGGUACAACUCCAUUUCAUGCACAGGCGAAACACUUUUUUUUUAUUUUUUGGGUCGGGAGGCGAAACACUUAUGAUUUG